GUGUGAAAGCCCAGCCAUUGACGAGUCAUCGCUGGAGAGGACCCCAGAGCAGACUGAGCCGCUGAGUAACCGCUUUAAACGGGGCAUAUCACUUCAUCCCCGCGGAUUUAUCGCAUCACACACGCCUUAAGGAGCAAAACGGCGGUUGCAGAAGCGGACCGGACUUCCAUGCAGAUUGUGGUUUGGCACAUUUGAGUGAAGCGGUUAUCUUUUAGUCUGGACCCGAACGCAGACAAGCCCAAAAGAGACAGACAGACAGUAAAGUAGUACCAGAGCCGCCACUACAUCUGUGAGCGAACUUGGCAUCUCUGCGCGGUGGGAGGUGUCUGUCUGUUGGUCUGUCGGCUUCGGCUUGUUGCAAGUACCUCUGCCAGGGACUUCUUUCAUAAAAAGGGGUUCAUGUUUUUGUAAUUACUCCAUCUUUGUGUGUGUUUUUCUGCAACCAACUGUGGCUUUAAUGUGACGCACCGGGCUGAUAUUAGUGCUGAAUCUCGAAGAGGAUUCCCACUGCAGAGGAGUUCAGUAAAGGCUCGUUAAUUCAAGUUUUUACCUUCAUACUUCAGCAGGACCAGCACAACCAACACCAAUGUGAUAGUGACAAAGACUCAAGAAGACCAAGCCGGGCCAGGCCAGGCCAGGCCAGCCCUUACCAGACGGGUCAGCUGGGAGAGGGCCUCGUCACAACCUGCCGUUCAAGCUUUAAAGAGAUUUGUCCGUGGCUGUCGGCGUCUGGUUGGUCUUCAGUCCUUCUAUGUUGCAAUCAGCUGUGUCUGGAUGUCGGCAGCAGGAUGGAUUCUGGACUUGAUUUGACCAUUCACACCUCACUGCAGCGCUGGCCACGCUCCCUGACGGACUGCCUGUCGUCCCUCGCCUCCCCAGUCUUUAAGCCCCUUCUUCUUACCUGGGGCGUCCCUCAGCCCUGUAAGGAAGGGCCUUAUAGGAACUGCAGGUUGUCUUGUUAAAACAGCUGACGCUGCAAAGAGGAAGCAGAUCCUAAGUCCUUACAAACUCUUACACAGAACAGGGGUUGCGUUGUCCACUUUCCUGACACGACUAGUUGCCUUUGUGUUUUUCUGAGAAUAUCUCAAGUUGAGUUCCGAAGUUUACACAGAUAGUUUUGUCUAAUUCCUCACUUUUUUUUCUUUAACACAAGUUCUUAUUUAUAUUUCCGUUUUCUUUCCUUUGUGGUCUGAGCCCUGCAGAAGAAUGUCCGAAAGUAGCAACAAAGCAGUAAAAUUCCUCGCCCCUCAUCCCCCGGCGUCCUCUGACUCCCCCUGCCCGUCACCUCAAACCCCCCACAAGAAUGUGAACGGCUCUGCCAGUUCAGACUCGCACGUCGUGGAGAAGAUCGGCGAGCAGCCUGAGGUGCGUCGGCGGCGCCACACCAUGGAGAGAGACUCCAAAACAGCCGAGCACCGCUUCUUCCGCCGCAGUGUUAUUUGUGACUCUAAUGCCACAGCUUUGGACCUGCCCAGCAAAGCAACCGUGCUUCUCACCUCGCCCCCUGACUGUGAAGGGACUACCCUCUUCUUCUCCCCGCAGAUCUGUAGGUCCGAGGAACAAGAACCCGAGGGCGAGAAGAACGCAAGAGGAUCCUACCUGCAAAGUACCGGCUUUCAGCCUUACUCUGACCGUGGCGGGUUGGUCACACAGGGGCAUGCACAUCAUGCUGAGGGAGAUCUAAAUGUCAUCACUGUGGCUGUUCCCGCAAUUAGUAGUGCUGAUUAUGGUGCAAAGGGGCCAACAAAAGAGCCAACCCCGACAGUAUUGGAUGUUACGGAUAGAGCGGCAGGCAAACAGCCUGAUGUCAAGUUGUGUGCCAGAGGGAUGCAGGAAGCACAAUGUUCAUCAAAGGACGAUAAAGUCGAUAAACCAGCACUCGAGGGGAACAUCAGCAGCCCGAUCGAGGAGAAGGACCAGGAGACGGAUGAGGAGAGGGGGCAAGCGAAAGCGAGAGCGGAGCAGAGGGAGGCCGAGAAACGAGUGCAAGAGGACAUAGAGGAGGCAGAGACGAAGGCUGUAGGGACUUCGCCGGACGGACGCUUCCUAAAGUUUGACAUAGAGAUUGGGAGAGGGUCUUUCAAGACCGUGUACAAGGGACUGGAUACGGAGACGACGGUGGAAGUGGCAUGGUGUGAGCUGCAGGACCGUAAGCUGUCCAAGUCGGAGCGCCAGCGGUUCAAAGAGGAAGCCGGGAUGUUGAAGGGUCUCCAGCAUCCUAACAUUGUCCGUUUCUAUGACUCCUGGGAGGGUUUGUGCAAAGGAAAGAAAUGUAUUGUUCUUGUCACUGAGCUCAUGACAUCUGGCACGCUGAAAACAUACCUGAAGCGCUUUAAGGUGAUGAAGAUCAAGGUCCUGCGCUCAUGGUGCCGGCAGAUCCUUAAAGGUCUCCACUUCCUGCACACCAGGGCCCCGCCCAUCAUCCACCGGGACCUGAAGUGCGACAACAUCUUCAUCACGGGGCCCACGGGCUCUGUGAAGAUCGGAGACCUGGGACUGGCCACACUGAAGAGGGCCUCCUUCGCCAAAAGUGUCAUAGGUACCCCGGAGUUUAUGGCUCCUGAGAUGUAUGAGGAGAAGUACGAUGAAUCCGUAGAUGUCUACGCCUUCGGGAUGUGCAUGCUGGAGAUGGCCACCUCCGAGUAUCCCUACUCAGAAUGCCAGAAUGCGGCGCAGAUCUACAGACGGGUAACGAGUGGAGUAAAGCCUGCGAGUUUUGACAAGGUGGCCAUUCCUGAGGUGAAGGAAAUUAUAGAGGGCUGUAUAAGAACAAACAAAGAUGAGAGAUAUGCCAUAAAGACCCUGCUGAACCACGCGUUCUUCCAGGAGGAGACGGGGGUCAGGGUUGAACUUGCCGAGGAGGAGGAUGGGGAGAUGAUUGCUAUAAAACUUUGGCUCAGGAUAGAAGACGUCAAGAAGCUCAAAGGCAAAUAUAAAGAAAACGAAGCCAUCGAAUUCUCCUUUGACCUCAACAGAGAUGUACCUGAAGAUGUGGCGCAGGAAAUGGUUGAGUCUGGCUAUGUUGCCGAGGGUGACCACAAAACCAUGGCCAAGGCGAUCAAGGACCGCGUGUCUCUGAUCCGAAAGAAGAGAGAACAGAGGCAGCUAGUGCGAGAAGAACAGGAGAAGAGGAAGCUGGAGGCUGAGAAACGGCAACAAGAGGCUUUCAAAGCUCCACACACCCAGUCGAAGACAGAAGAAACGGAGGCAGAACAACUUCACCAUCAGCAGACGGGCCUCUCUCACACAUCUGAAGGCGGUUUGGACAGCGGACAGGGCUCCUCGGUUUUCUCCUCCGACUCCCCCCACCUGGGUCAGCUGACCAUGUCUUACAGCUGCCCCCCGUCCUCCCAGCCCCCCUCCCAACCCCAGACCCCGUACCCCCAAACCCCGGCUGCUGCCUCGCAGCAACAUCCAGGUUACUCCCAGCCACCGCAGCCGAUGCAGCAUUCAAUGCCACACCCCUUCGGCGGAGGAGCGAGCUCGGCCGGAGGAGUCCCAACUCUGCCGGAGCCUCCGGCUAUUUUCUUCCCCGCCAUCCCCGAGCGCCCCGUUUCCUUCUCUCCUCCUCCCACCGGCCCUCCGAAGGGCUACAACACCCAGAGACGUAAAAGCACCUCCAUUCUGGAGGCGCACACGCGGCACUUCCAGCCCGCAUACCCUCGCUACGGGAGCACCCUGCACCCGUUUUCUGGGAUGGACACUGCUGAGGGUCCGUCUCUCUUUAUGGUGAAUCCUGGCUUUGCAGCAGCGGCUCAGAGACUCGGCCCUGGCGAUUCUCUGCAUCUACCGGGGCAAUCCGAGCCGACUUUGUAUGGCUAUAAGGACAUGAGAGCGGAACAUGAGGAAGUAGUGAGGCGGCUGAGUCUUAAUCAAGCCGCUUUGUUGGACCAUUACGAAGCAAUGGCGUAUGCGGGGUAUCCGAUGACUGCCCACCAGCUGGGUCACCUGAGUUUCCAUCAUCAGAGGCAAGCAGCAGCUGCAGCAGCGAGCCUGGGCUUUGAUCCUGGUCCUCCACCUCAACCAGGGUUCAUCCACUCACAGAUCAUGCAGAGAAUAAGCGCACACAGCCCAAUACCUCCAACUCUGCCCCCCAUGGCUCCUUCCACCGGUGGUUCAAUGUCUUCUUCGUCGUCCGAGGGUUGCUUUCCUCCACAGCAUGCAUCCUCAUCCCCCCUCCCCAUUUCUGCACCUCCAGUAAUGGCCGAUGCGCCGCCUGCUGGAAGUGUUUUUGAGUUCCAUCUAGCUGCAGCCGCUGCAGCCGCCGCUGCAGACCCAAACCUGCUGGCGUCCAGGAUUUACAGAGCUCGCCGCAGCUCCAUGGACCUCCCUCUGGAGGACAGCUCUGGGACGGGGUCGGGUGGUUCGGGAACCUACAACCGCCUGCAGCCGGUAACGGAGGAGCUCUAUGCCUACAUCAGCCCAGAGCUUCCUUUGCCUCCAGGAAAUCUCCUCCUUCACCACAUCGGUUUGACCGCAAAGGACCGAAGCCCUGAACCGUCCAGCGACUCGCUGGCCUCCUCUGAUGCAGGAGAGUUUCAGUCUCCUCCUCCUCCGAAUCUCCCCGCUCAGUUUGAUUCGUCGGCCGCUCAGACAAUCCCUCGGCCCUCCUCUUCCGCACACUACAAUUCCUCGGGGGGAGCCCUUCUCCAAGAACCCCAGGGUCAUCCGCCUUCAGUCCAGAGCUUUUUCCCUCCUACCCCGUCGUCUGAACUCCCACCUGGCGGCGCGUCGUCAGCUCAGCCAGAGUCCCUGCAGAGUCCCUGGCCCCGGCAGGAAGUCCAACACACUGCAGCCCACCAGGAGUCAUUGCAGGCUGCUGUUCCCCCUCUGCAGCAGGUUCAGACUCCCACCCCUAAACCAAGUUCAGGAACUCCUCUGGUUCCUGCUGCCACACUGCCUGAUCCCACAGGGACUUCCCAACAGUCCGUGUUAUCUGGUCAGAGUUCUGUUUCCCUUCAGAGUCCAACACACAUAACACUGCAGCAGACGUCUGCACAGCCCAGUUUACCUCCGCCAACUUCUACUGUUCCCAUGGCGACCCUCCCUUCUCCGUCGGCUCUUCCGACACUAGUCGUGCCCUCCCUCCCCUCUCCUCUGCCACUCCCUGUUGGGGUGGUGCCUACACUCGUUCCCUCUCCUCUUCCUCCUGUGCCCACACCUGUGCCUCAGCCUUUGGCCACCGUGGUGCCAGUCAUCAGCGUAGUCACCGUCCCUCCUGACUCUCCCAAGGAAGCCCCUCCUAAGUCGGCUUCGCAAGCUUCAGAGCUGUCGCAGGGCCAAUUACAGCCACCCCAAGUUCUCUCAUCUAUAGAAAGCAGCCACUCGGAGACCUCAGGCCUGAGCGACGGAAACGAAGGCGGCGCCGGCCGUCAUGAGGGUCGCUCCACCAAACGGCAUCAGAGGCGUUCUGUGCGAAGCCGGUCGCGCCACGAGAAGACAUCCAAGGCGAAACUCCACGUCCUGAGUAUCUCCAGCCGAGGAGACAGAGUGGCAGAGUGUCAGCUGGAGACUCACAACAGGAAGAUGGUGACAUUUAGGUUUGAUCUAGAUGGAGACAACCCUGAGGAGAUCGCCCAGAUCAUGGUUGAGAGUGAGUUUAUCCUGGAGAGUGAGCGGGAGUCGUUCAUUGAGCAGGUCAGAGAGGUCAUCGAGAAUGCUGAUCAGAAGGGAGACGCAGGUAGUCAGGUGAUUGGUGACAAGGAAGAGCAGAUUCCUGCGAGAAGCAGCCCCAUGCCGGACAUCCCUCCCAGUGCGACAUCACAGGUGGUCCACUCAGCAGGACGGAGAUUCAUCGUUAGUCCUGUACCAGAAGGCCGACUGAAGGACCAAACCCUUCCCCCCUCACCAACACCUUCCCUACCAACUCCAUCUGAAACUGGUCAGUCUCACACUCCUGGCCAAAUAUUGGUAUUUUCCCAGUCUGCGGGAGCAGUCACGUUACAGCAAGCCUUCUCUGAGCUCAGGCAGAGUAAAAACCAGUACGACGCAGGUCCUAACACCGCCCCAGCCUCCGUCCACUCCACACAUCCUCCCCUGCAGCCCGCAGCAGUGGCGGCUUCCCCACACAGCAGUGUAGUCACUCCCUCUGUGGAUUCAAGUCUAAAUCAAGUCAAAGAGCAGCUCACUGAAGCGUCUCCUCCUCCCCUCUCCUCAUCCUCUACCUCUGCACCCCCCGUCUCCUUCAGUCCUCCCUUUUCUCCGUCUCCUCCUCCCACCGUGGUAAAUCAAAUCAUCCUCCAGUCUCAGCCCGUGAUGCAGGCUGCGUCUCGACCACAAGCACAAAGUCAGACGCAAACUCAGCCCCUGGCUUAUAUCCAGCCCCAAACGGUUUCUGCUGCCUCACUGCCUACCUCUGUACCAACGGCCAGCAUCACCAGCAUCUCCAGCAUCCCGCCGACGGUGCUCACUUCCUCUCUUCUAGGCCAGACUGUCCCGUUUGUACCCUCGCCUCCUUCUUCUGCUCUCGAACUCUCGUCAGAAAAUCCGUCAGUCUCCCCCACCUCAGCAUCAGCUAUCCCCACUACCGCCAUCCCAGGUCCACAGAUGUCCCCAGCCUCCUCCGCCCCUCCAGUUCCCGCAGCUGGCUUGUCCACCUCUGUGGGUCUCCAGCCGGUGACCACAACCGUUCCUCUGGUCCAGCCCACUCUGGUCCACUCGCAGCCACAGACUGCAGCCCUGCCGGGGCAGACACACACACACUGUGGAGAAUGUGAAACGAGGACUGAGGCUUCCUCUGAGUCGGUAGGCAAACCGGACGACAUCCAAGCUCUGGACAUGAAGCUGCGCUCGCUCUUCAUGGACCUCGGCGGAGGAGUCCCAUCCACACAGGGAGACAUUUUACCUGCUGACCCCUCCUCUGGAGCCUCGGUGGCCGGUACCUCGUCCCCCAUCAGUGCUGGCCCUACCUCCACCACAUCUGUAACAGCUCCUGGCUCCACCCAGUCGAUCAACCCACCGCUGCCCCCCUCCAGCCUGGCAUUGGGCCCUCUGGGGUCAGCGGCACCCAUGCAAGGCCCGGGGACACCUAUAGCCACCCCAGCAUCGUCCAUCAUCCCUGUCUCUUCUAUGGGCCAGACUACUCCAUCCAAAACUCCCCUAUCCAGGGUUCCGGCCACUUCUCCUUCUUCAGAACUCCUGACACCCUUCCCCGGACCUUGUCUAAUACAGUCACAGCAGCCUCUGGAAGACCUGGACGCCCAGCUGAGGAGAGCAUUGAGUCCAGAAACUGUCCCUGUGAGCUCACACACACAGGUCUCUCUCAGCAGUGUUACUUCAAUAGGACAGCCAAUUCCAUUCUCACUGGAAGGAGAAAAAGCCCCUUCCCCUGCUCCUCCUGCAGGUGGAAUUAAAUUAGGAAGAUUUCAGGUGUCCUUGGCUGCUGAAGAGCCUGCUGUCCAGCGCCCGUCCUGCACCGAGUCUUCCUCCACCACCUCCUCCUCUUCAUCCUCCUCCUCGUCCUCCAGCCUCUCCAGCCCGGAGAACACAUUGCACAAAGACUCCCCGUCCCGUCUGAGAGGGAAAGGAGUAAAAGGCGGAGACGUUGUGGACGGACUCCCCCAGAAGACUCCGGCGGGAUCCCACCUCAUCUCCCCUCUCGGUUCCCCGUGCUGCUCCCCCAAACCCACCACCACCAUCGGCCGCUUCCAGGUUACGACCAACCCUGCGACCCGAGUCGGGCGGUUCUCGGUCAGUCGUGCCCAGGAGGAGACCCAGGAGCCCAAGCAGAGUCCUCCACCUGCUGCACAGGCUGCUGCUAACGGACCCAGCGAUCCCGGACAGGUUCUGUCUCCAGACUCUCCUCAUAAAGCCUCUCUACCAAGCCUGAACAACAACUCCUUCAACAACUCCUACAUGAGCAGCGACAACGACUCUGAAUUUGAGGAUGAAGACUUUAAGCAGGAAGUCAGAGGCCUCAGAGAAAAGCACAUACGUGAAAUUCAGGCCCUCCACUCUCGCCAGAAAGAGGAAAUCGAGCGUUUGUUUACAAGGCUGGGAAAGGUUCCUCCAGCUGCCGUGAUCCCACCCCUCAUCGCCUUUACUGGCAGAAGGCGGCGGCCCACCAAAAGUAAAUCUUCAAAAUCGUCCAGAAGCAGCUCCACCCAUGGCAGCAAGAGCCCUUUGCAGCCAGGCAGCACUUUAUCCGCCCAGAGCGUCCCGGCCGUGUACCCCGGCCAGCUGCCUCUGCUGGCCCCCGGAGUGCUGGUCGACACCGUGCUCCAGCCCCUCAAGCAGUCCGCGUCCAGCGGCAACCUCUGUUCAGCCUACACCAGCGAGGCGGCGCUGUCUGUGCCCAGCUUGUGUGCUCCGACCCCGGGCUGUGUAAAGUUCAGCUGGGGUUCGGAGCGUGUGACCUUCAAGCCGGGUGGCAGGAGGACGCGCUUUCUGAGUACGCCCUGCUUGGCUCUUUGGAAGAUGGUGAAAAAAGUCUGCCCCUGCAACCAGCUCUGUAGGACAAACAGCACCAACGCAGUGAGCGGUUCAGAGGGGCUGGGUCAAAGUCAGGGGGGUUCCCAAUGUCUGGCGCCCAACAUGUCAGCACCCCACCAGAGGAAAGGAACCUUCACCGACGACCUCCAUAAACUGGUGGACAACUGGGCCAGGGAUGCCAUGAACCUCUCACAGGGUAAAAGGAGUGCCAAACAGCAGCAGCUGCAGCAGGCCCCAGCACAGGGACACAGUUAUGAGGUUACCCAGUCGGCCAGUCUGGGCAGGAAGUACUCGGCUCCCAGCCAGCUGUGUCCCUGCAGCAUCGGAGGCUCCGCCCACCUCCCUGCAAACCCCACCAGCGCUACCUCUCUGGCUGCCAGAAAAGGCUCCCUCUGCCACCCUCCCGCCUCCUCUACCCCGCCCCAACUCCAGCCCCCCCAGUUUAUCCCCUACGCCCCCAGUGCCGCCUACACCGCCCAGUGGUGCGGUCCGGCUCACAGCAUGACGAACCCGCAGCAAGCACCAACGCAGCCUCUCUUAGUCAGCGCCUCCCAGCCUCUGGGGCCCUACCCUCCUCCACAGGGCCAUCUACCGGGACAGGGCCCCUACCUGCUCACUACCACUUUGCAGAAGUCAGUGAGCAGCCCAGGGGGGCCGAACAUGAGGACCACGUAGGGGCUGGGCGCCCGGGCCGGUUUUACUGACGGAUAGCCCAGUUGGACAAGUGAAAGGCGGCUUGUUUUGCAGCCAGAGAAAGAGGAGAUGCACUGGAGUGGAGAAAAUAAAAAUCAUAGCAGGAAAACAAAAUAUUAGCAGUGUGUAGGUGAGGCGCCCUCCUUGCUGUGGGGUUGUGAGAACCAGCCAAAGGAUCAAACAGAAAGGAAAAGAAAUGCAUGUUUUGUUUAAAGGUUUCUGAUCAAGUGCAGUGUUUGUUGGGUGCAUCACAGCAAAUGGGGAUGUCUUUGAAAAGUUCAUUUUUUUCAGUAUGUUAAUUCAGUAAUGACAAAUAGAUUCAUUACACACAGAGUGAUAUAACUGAAGGAUUCAUUCCUGUUGUUUUUUAUGAUUAUGGGUUACAGAUGAUGAGAGCAAAAUUAGCAAAAAAGCAAUAACUUUUAUUUUAAAAAAUCUAGUGUUUUGACCUUGUUGCGACUCACACAAUCAGAAGUUACCACAGUUUUUCCUUCCACUGAACUUCUGACGUUAAUAUGUUUGAUACAGAACUCUGUUACCAGCCAGAUUCUUCAGAAACAAUCUGCUGGAUCGCUGUCAAGAACAUCAUAUUCUGAUUUUCUGAGAAACGGAGUUCUGAAUUUUUAUCACAUGUGGUGUAGAAUUAUCAACAUUAAGAAACAAAACCCUGAGAUUCAUCACUGUGUGUAAUGAAUCCAUAUAACUCUUGUGUGUCACAGUUUGAAUUAAGCUACUGAAGUAAACAAACUUUCCAAUGAUUUGUUAGUUUACUGAGAUUCACCUCUAAGAUGAUUGUUUAGAAGAAUUUUUUUUUUUAAAUAUUUGCAAUUGUUUUCUUUUUAAAACAAAGUCUCAGAGUGAAUCCAGCAAAGCACCAGGGCAAAUACAGCCGUUUGCACACAAAAGUAUGAGUUCAGUGUGUGUGAUCUUAAAAAGCACAACAACACAAAAAUAUCGCAAAACCAGUGCAUAUCAAGGAGUUGUACCUCAGUUGGUUUUGUUUUGGGUUUUUUUUCCUCCCUCCGAUCAAUUAUUUAACAAGUUGGGGAAGAGGAGGAAAACGGGCCUCAUCUGCUCACCGUUUGGGCCAAGCAGCUGCCUCUACACUCCAGAUGCCUCCUCCUCGUCACGACUCCGCCUCAUCCUCUCACCCCACCGCUCACCUUUCCGUGUCGCCGUGUGAAGCAAUAACAGCAGCAACCUUUUAGGAAGGAAAGGGGGGAACAAAAAGAAAAAAGCUCAAAUUGAGAAAAACAAGUGGCCUUGUUAUCAGAAUAAUAUCAGAGUCCUUGUACAGUUUUAUUUUAUUUUUUUCUCUGAAUGUCUGCUUAUGAUGAUUCCAUUUUGGUGUUUAUUUUGGUUUUGUUGGGUUUGUUUUGCUCGCUGCCGCCACACACACACACACACACACACACAAUGCACAAGACGUUCACAAAAAAGCAAAUGCAUGCACACAGACAAGGCGUGGCAGCAGUUUAACUGACUUAGACUCACAGAUGUAUGCCUCAUUUCUGACUAGGCUGUUUUCAACGUUUGGGUUGAAAUAAUUGCAAAUGUAAAUUACUAUAUUAAUGUUAUUCUAUUUAAGAAGAAACAAAUAAUAAUAAAUAAAAAAAACGUGUUCUGUCAACGGACCUGUUACGUGCACAUCGCUGUACGAUGUGGAGACACUGUGAUUAUUCUUGUUUAUUCUUAGCAAAAAAAAAAAUGUUGUUGGACAACAUUAGUUUUUAGGGCGACGCGUCACAAAAAGCAUUCAGAGAGCGGUUCGAGUUGUUUCCUUUUCAGUUCAAUGGCUUUCCAUCAAAAAUUUGAAAACAAGAAUGCAAAACCAGGCACGGGCUGGUAAUUUUAAACAAAAAUGUCCAAAUCUCAAAGCACUUUCAAAACUACCAAAAUCAGGCCGUUCCUAGAGUUUGUUGCUUCGAAGCACCAGAGAAAGUGAUUUUGCGACAGGAACCUCAAAGACUGUGCAUUUAUGUUUCUAACUGGAAAAAAAUAGCAAAUUAUUCCUCCUCGUUGCAAGGAAAGAGUGACAUUUCUUACAGUAAAAUGGCAAUUUGCUGCAGUGGAUGGAGACGGUGCGAAACUGUUUGUCUAAUUUGUAUACAGCCAGAUAAAUCUGAUUGCUAUAGCACUUUGUCUUAUUAAAAUUACCUAAACUGCAACAGUAUUGCAGAAAAUUCAGCAAUUUUUGACACUUUAAAAUUUUACUGUGCUGGAAACUGCUUACAUUGGGAUUUUGUUCCUUUUUAUUAUGCAAGGGAGAAGUUUUGCAUUUUUUUCAGGCUGCAACAGUUUCUUUGGCAUUUCCCUUGAAGGACUUUAAAUCAUAGAAACAUUAUCACAGAGGAUUAUUCCCCAUUUUGAAACUGUAUGUUAUCUAAAACCUUGAAUCCGGUAACAGGCCCAUGCCUCGUGACAUUUCUUUCAAAAAAAAAAAAAAAAUCAUCCUGGCAUCCAUAUUCAAGCUUGUAUUUUUAAAAAAAUCCAAUGCCUUAUUGAUAGCUGAUCAGCUUCUCUGAUUACUUAUCGAACUGAAAGUGGAAACCGACCUCGUUCCUGCGUUCGAAUGGCCGGAUAGUUGAUAUUUAGAUAAUAAAAUAAAGCUAGCUAUUUUUUUCUUAAUACAGUACUUAUAUGUCAGACACUUUAAACACGCCCUUCUGCUCCCUUUCCACCCUGGUAUUGUUGGAUGAAUGUGAAUGUAUAAACCAAUGGUGUCCAUUUUAAUGUACUUGAAAAGAAAAACUGUUUUGUCUUUUUAUUUUCACUGUCUUUGCCCCUCAAUCUUAGAGCCUCGGGUUAAAACCGGAGGAACUUAUAGUGCCUUGCAUCCUUCCUGUAGCUUGUCGGUUGGAAGCGGCAGAAUGUGUUUGGAUUUUACCUGAGCCGACGAUGGUUGGAUGCGCUUGAAGGUGCGACGGUGAUAAACGAGGAGUUUACUUUCUGCAAAAAAUGCAAAUAUUUGACUGCUGUUCUAGUUGGACGAAAUAGAUGGGAAGGUAAAUCUGUCGUCACUCUGCCGCUGUUCAAUCCACGAGUUGUUAAAGGUUAGAAAAGGCAGCCGUCAAUCGCCAGUGUUGUUUUCUGUUGCUGUGAGUCUUUUCAUUUUUAAGGAGGGAAGUUGUUAAAGAUUGUAUCUGAAACUUGGACCACUCUGUACUCUGAGUGCAACAUACUGCUUUCUUAACCUGAACCGAAAGUUUCACUUGAGGUUGUUUUGCAUAAAAAAUAUAUCUUAUUUUAAGACAUCCUUAAUUUUCCUCUGAAUAGUUUGACAUGAGCUGCACAGGGGUUCUGUAAAAUGCAGAAGAAGGAGCUGAAAAUCUCACUCUUCUAAAUGCAGCACUGUAUUUCAGAAGGAAGGGUUUAGCUACAUUAAUGUAGCUGUGUAAACAGUAUUUGUAAUCAAAUUCAAGAUAAAUCGAUUUUAAAAAUCCUCCUAAAAUAUUUUCAGAUAUGCCUAAUUUCACCAGAAUGUGCUGUAUUUGGUUACUGGGGAUGCAGUGGUUGUGUAAAACGUGGUAGCAGUGAAUGGAAGCAGCUAAAAGUCUCAUAUUCUUUACAAAAUCAAUUUCUAUUCUUAGUAUGCUAAAGGAUAGUGAGUUUUUAGUUAGCAAACUUACUGUCCUGUAAGUUUGGAGUAUUUUUGAGUGCUUGAUGCUUAUUUUUUUUCACCCUAGUUUGGGUCACAGUUUUUGUUUCUUGCCAUUUUUCCACUGAGAAUAGGUAAAUAUUUCUUUAGAUGCAUACGUUUGAGGCGGCACAAAUGGAAAUUCAGCUAAUUUUACUCCAAAAUGUCUAGGAAUUUGGAAGUGUAAGCACAGUGAUGGUUUUGUUUCUGGGGAAUGUAUUCAGUUUGAGUUACAUCACUCUAAAGCCCUUUUUUUUUCUAAACAUUUCAAAUAUAUCUUGUGCAAAUUUGGUGGUUUGUAUUGUGAUAUUUUCCCCAUCCCAAAAACAUUUUUCGUUUUUUUUCUUAUGUUAAAACUGUGAAUGCUCUCUGAACCAGACAUUUGUGCUUUUUUAUUUAUUUAUUUAUUUAUUUUUAAUGGCGGAAAAACAUCAGAAGAAAACAGAUUUAACAGCAUUUCAUUGCUGGAGCUGCUCCAGUUGCCAGGCAAAAGUAUUGCUAAUUAUUUCCACAUUUAACUUGUUCCCCAUUUAAAUAAGUACUUGCAGUGCAGAGCAGUAAAGUUAAAGUGACCCUAUGCCAUGAAGCUAUAAAAGUGUAGGACUAAAAGCCAAUGCCGCUUUAAUACAACAUUAGCAGCGUUGCUUUUAUCCCCUUGUGUCAAGAAAGCAUUUUGUCAAUCGUAGCAUUAGUUUCUCUUACCUAAACAUUCUUUUGUUUUGACAUCUUUAUCAGCUUGGUCCUUUUUUAUUAUAAUUUUUAAGUCUCAGUUGUUUUACGAGCUGUUUUAAAGCUUGUGGGCUCCUUCUUCUGCACUGUGCUCAGCGUCGUACAGAAGGGGUUGAGCAAAUGACGGAAACCGGAAAAAAUGACACCUGGAGCGGUAUGUUUUGCACUUACAGUAUAGAGUGUUCCAGCUUCGAAUUAAAAAAGAUUUGCGCUACAACACAAUGAAAUUUGUUACUUUAUUUGUAAAAACUUAAUAAAUAAAGUUGUUUAAAUGAAUGGAAGAGA